CCCAGGCCGUGUGCCGUGAGGGUUUCCAGGCCAUGGCAACCUUUGCAGUGAUUCCAAGUGCAGCGGGACCAUCCAGCACGUUUGGCCGUGCCUCUCAGCCGCUGGGGCCAGCUGUGCCAGUACCCUUCGUGCAAAGUGCCAAGCAUGUCACUGGGAGGGCUAUAGCCGCUGUUGCGGCAGGUUUCCUGGGCAGGAGACCCCCACGAAGUUGCAGAUGCGCAGAAGGGGCCAAAAGCCCGAGCGAACCUGGGGGUGUUAUUCAGGACGUGGAAUAUGUCUUCGUCAACUCCAAAGAAGAUGAGGCCGAAGCUAUGUCGGAAGAUGUGCUGCAACGGGUCAACACAGUAUCCAGGGCUCAUCAAGGCCUGUACAAAGUGCCCGAGGGCGUUCCCGACACUGAGCACGGGGUGGGUGCCAUUACCGGUGCGCUGACUUCUUUUCCGACAGAGCACGUUUUCCAGGUGGUGGGCAAGACCUUCAGUGACACCGAGCGGGCGCAGUUCCUGUCACAGGUGGAGGAGGCUGUGCAAGCAAACACGGACAGUCAACUUGCUGCGGAGGCCCUGUCCGUUCAAAGUCGGAUGGGCGGUCGAUACACCUCAGUUCGUAUCCAACAGCGGGUGGACGCUGCUGAGCAGAUUGCGGCAGUGCUGACUGCGCUGAAACGCUUGCCGCAGGU